UAACAACUGCUAACCCGAAAUAUAAACCGGCUGAACUUUUGCAUCAAUUAACCGAUUCAAGAGCUUCGGUUCUGGUCGCUCAUCCUAAUUUUCUUGAUGCUGCAGUUGAAGCUUCAAUCAAUGCAGGAAUUCCCCCCACCAAUGUAUUGUUAUUCGGUGAUAAAGAAAUAAAGGGUUAUAAACCUUAUCGCUCUGUUUUAAUGGGUGAUCGUGAAAUUGAACCUGUUACUUAUACUCCUGAAGAAGCAAAAUCAACGACUGCUUAUUUGCCUUAUAGUUCAGGAACAACCGGAAAACAAAAGGGUGUUGAACUGACUCACACUAACAGAAAUGUUAAUUUAGUUCAGUUAAUUGGUGGUGGUA